AUGGAGGGUCUGAUGCACAAGUCCGUGGUGGACAAGAAGCCCGUGCCAGAGAUCGAUUUCACUCUGCAUAUCAUGGAAGAUGGUUCUCAAGUGAGCACUCGGGAGCGAGUGUGCAAAGAUGUCCCGGCCCCCGCCAUGCAACCCCCUACCAACGAGCAAUUCUACUCAUCCUCUGACCGAUCGAAGCCCAAUUUGUCCUUCCUCAAGCAGCAUUUCUACCGCGAAGGCCGAUUGACCGAGGAGCAAGCACUAUGGAUCAUCAAUGAAGGCACUAAACUCCUCAAAGCCGAACCCAAUCUGUUGGAAAUGGAUGCGCCCAUCACCGUUUGCGGCGAUGUUCAUGGACAAUACUUUGACCUGAUGAAGCUUUUUGAGGUGGGAGGGGAUCCCGCUGAGAGCAGAUACCUAUUUUUGGGUGAUUAUGUAGACCGAGGAUAUUUUAGCAUUGAGUGCGUGCUAUACCUGUGGUCCCUCAAAAUCUGGUAUCCCCACACCCUAUGGCUGCUACGAGGAAAUCAUGAAUGUCGGUAUUUGACCGAUUACUUCACCUUCAAACUCGAGUGCAAACACAAAUAUUCGGAAAAGGUGUAUGAUGCAUGCAUUGAGUCUUUCUGCUCGUUGCCCCUUGCGGCGGUCAUGAACAAGCAGUUUCUGUGCAUACACGGCGGGCUGAGCCCUGAGUUACACACAUUGGAGGACAUCAAGAGCAUUAACCGAUUUCGUGAGCCCCCCGCCCACGGCCUUAUGUGCGACAUUCUAUGGGCCGAUCCAUUGGAAGAAUUUGGUCAAGAGAAGACUGGCGAAUACUUUGUGCAUAACCACGUGAGGGGCUGCUCAUACUUCUUUUCCUAUCCUGCGGUAUGCAAUUUCCUCGAGAAGAAUAAUUUACUCGCUAUCAUUCGAGCCCAUGAAGCCCAAGAUGCUGGAUACCGUAUGUAUCGCAAGACUCGGACGACCGGGUUCCCCAGCGUCAUGACCAUCUUCAGCGCCCCCAACUACCUCGAUCUCUACAACAACAAGGCGGCCGUGCUGAAAUACGAGAAUAAUGCUAUGAACAUUCGUCAGUUUAAUUACACUCCGCACCCAUUUUGGCUGCCGAAUUUCAUAAAUGUCUUCACCUGGUCUCUGCCGUUUGUCGGCGAAAAGAUCACCGACAUGCUCAUUACCGUCCUCAACACUUGCUCUAAGGAAGAAUUGGAGGAAGACACGCCAAGCUCCAGCGUCGGACCGGAGACACCGCCUUUAGCUGCGGAUCCUGAGUCCACAGAAGCCAAGCGUCAUGCGAUCAAGAAUAAAAUCCUGGCGAUUGGUCGACUUUCAAGGGUGUUCCAGGUUCUGCGUGAAGAGUCUGAACGUGUUACGGAGCUCAAGACUCAAUCUGGAGGUCGUCUCCCCGCGGGGAUACUGAUGUUCGGUGCAGAGGGUAUCAAUCAAGCCAUCCACAAUUUCGAGGAUGCCCGCAAGGUGGAUCUCCAGAACGAGCGUCUGCCACCAUCACCGGAGGAGAUUGAGAAACGAAGUGCCGAGGAUAAACGAGUCGCUUUGGAGAGAGCUGCUACGGAAGCCGAGAACGACACGAAUCUGCAGGAUGUAGCAAGAAGAAUCAGCUUCGGCUCCUCCAAUCCACGUGGUCACCGCCGAAAGGAGUAA